AUGGAUCCAUUAAUUCGUGGUGAAGUUGAUAAAUAUGUUGAAAUACUUUAUCGUCGAGAUGAAAUACAUUCAUUUGGUUUAUUUUCUCAUUGUAUAGUUGGUGGAGAAUGUGGACAAAAUUCUCUUCCAUCAUUUGAUGAUAAAAAUUAUGGUCUAUGUCAUAAUAUAAAUAGUCAUCGUCAAUGUAUAUUUUCAAAUUUUAUAUUAUCAAAUAAUGAUAUUAAAUGUUCAUGUCAACCACCGUCCUAUAUUAAAAUAAUUCAUAAAUUAUUAAUAUUUUUAAUAAUUCUUGAAAUUUUAUUUUUUAUUGUUAAUAUUAUUCGUAUAACUCGUUAUCAAUGUAAUAUAUAUUGUUUAAAUGAUAGUUUAUUUCGUCUUAUAUCACUUCUAUCAUCUUUAUUUUCUGUAUUAUUUCUUAUUAUUAUUAUUAUACAAUAUAAUGGUAAUCGUUCGAUUGAAUCAUUAGAAUUUUUUGAAUCAAUGCGUCAACAUUAUUCUCAUAUACAAAUAUAUACAUUUACAAAAGAUUUAGAAUUAAUUAUUCAACAAAUUGAAAAUUCGCUAGAUAUACAUAUUGGUGUAUCAUAUGUAUGUAUAUUAACAGUAUUAAUAUUAAAAAUAAUGUCAUUCCUAACAUCAGUAACAGUUGAAAUAAAAAUUGUAUCAACAUCAUCAUCAUCAACAUUUAGUGAAGAUGAUGAAAAAAAACCUUAUCAAUAUUCAAAUCAUAUUAAUAAUAAUAAUCAUCAUCAUCAUACAUUAAUCCAGCCAAUACCAUUAGAACGUUUUAUUCCAUCCGAACAAAUUCGAUUUGUACGACAAACUAAAGUUUAA